GGUCGGGUCCCCGAGCGUCAGAAAAACGUGCCGGUCGCUAGAGGUGGCCGCAGAGAGCUCGGAAUAUGCACAGCGAGACGCCCGCAACGACCGCCCUGCCGCCGGCUCCGUCCGACCAGGGCCCGCUCAGCGCGGGCCUGACGCCCCGCGGGGCCGCCUUCAGCAUCGAGGCCCUGCUGGGCCUGGGACCCGCAUCACCCGAUUCCUCAACGCCCGCUCCGUCUUCCUGCUCCGAGAGCUGCGUCGGCGCCGAGGGCCGCCGACGACCCGACACCUGCAACGGCGGCGGUGGCGGCCGCCGCCAAGGCUCGGAGCCGCGGCCAAAGCGCGUGCGCACCAUCUUCAGCGCCGAACAGUUGGAAAGACUCGAGGCCGAAUUCCAGCAGCAGCAGUACAUGGUGGGACCCGAGCGAUUGUACUUGGCCGCUUCGCUGCGGCUUACGGAAGCCCAGGUCAAAGUGUGGUUCCAGAACAGGCGGAUCAAGUGGCGCAAGCAACAUCUCGACAUGCAGAGGAUCGCCCACGCCGCCUCCAAGCUCCCACCGCUGUGACCCCCACCCGAGUGAGAGAGAUAGAGACUCAGCCUGUAUAUAAGAUGUGCCUAUAUCUCCAGAGUGCGCCCAAGAGACGCUGUUUUAUAUAUGAGCGGCCGCUGACCCUUGCCUUCCCUUCCUGUGUGUAAAUACGCCCGGCCCAAAUAAACCACGCUGAUAAAUGCA